CAGGAGAUUGCCAACACGAGCUCCAAACUUGGGUUCUUGUAGCACAAAACCACAGCCUGCUGCCUCGCCCUCAGGACCGUCAGAAGGAAAUGCGGAGGGAGGGAACAGGGCGAGCAAAGUAGCUCUAGGGCUGCUCUCCAGCCUCUCUCUACGCUAAGUGGGGUGCCUCGAGGCCCCCGGUGCACACCACCGGCAGCAUUGUUGACGAGGGUUUGCGGAAGAUAUAUUAGAAGAUGGCGUCGGUCACUACGGUGUCUGGGGUGACUCACGCUUGUGUGUCCUUGUGCUCUGCCCAAGCUCACAGCAACGUAUCAGCCAGACAGAGAAUUCCCAAGCCGGCUGCGCUCUCAAAGUGCCAGCUCCUCCGGCCCUGCAGACCAAGCGUCAAGCUUCUGUCCGGCGUCCGCCUGUCAUCUGGCUCUCCCUUCUCAAGGAGUGGCAGGUCAUUCACCACGAGUGUGUCAGCCACUGUUGCUGAGGGAGAGACUGUUGUUGAGGAAGCCACUGCGGAGGACGAGAUUGUGGCAGAGGAAGAUGCAGAUGCUGCACCGGAGCCAGCCGCUCCCGAUGCAGAGGGCGGAGAGGCCAAGCCGGCGGCCAGGAGGCCCUUCAAGAACAGGAGGAAGAUCACCGUGAAGAUCGAGGACUUGCAACCGGGGCAAACAGUGCCUGGAAAAGUGAGGUCUAUUCAGAGCUAUGGCUGCUUUGUGGACAUUGGUGCCUUCACCGACGGCCUCAUUCACAUCUCCGAGCUUGCGGACCAAUUCGUUGAGAACGUCGGGGAUCUGGUUGAGGCCGGGCAAGAAGUCCAGGCACGCAUCUUGGAGGUCGAUGUCGCCAAGGGGCGCAUUUCGCUCAGCAUGAGGACCCCCCGGGAAGAGCGGCCUGAGCCAGCGGAGGGGGCUGGAGCACCUCGUGCCGAGAGGGGGGCCGGACCGCGCCCGCAGCGUGGCGGCGACCAGAGGCCCCGGAGAGCGGUGGCUGGGGGGAGGGGAGGCUCUGACAAGCCUAGCCACGGCAUCAGGAAGGGACAGAAGUUUGAGGGCACUGUGACCAGCAUCGCCCCCUUCGGGGCCUUCUUGGAGCUGAAGGAUGGGGUCGAGGGACUGCUCCAUGCUAGCGAGAUUGGAGAGGGAAGCGAGCGGGUAGAGGUUGCUGAGCACCUCGAAAUGGGUCAAAAAGUGAACGUCACCGUCCUGUCUGUCACGAAAGACCGCAUCAGCCUGACUACCAAGGAGAGAGUCGAUACGGAUGACAUCAACGUGAAGCUCAACCAGGGGGCUGAGUUCGGCACAGACGGCAUCACGAACCCCUUCGAGGCCGCCUUCAAGAAGUCGAACCUGGUUUUGGACAAGCUCCCAGGUGCCGAGGAGCUCGCGAAGACGAAGAAGCCCGAGCCUGUGGCUGCCGCUAGCGAUGAGAUCAAGACGGAGACCCAGGAGAUCCAGAAGGCUGGCCUUUUCUCAGGCAAGAAGGUUGACGACGCUCCCGCCCCGGCCGCCGAGAAGCCCGAGGAGGCCGAUGCCGACGACUCAUCCAACGCGGGCGCCGCUGAAGCCGUCCAGGAGACCGUCGAGGAUGUCGUUGAUGACGCCAAAGACGCCGCACAAGCCGUGACCGAGGGCGUCGAGCCCAUUGCUGACGAAGUCGCGGAUGUUGCAAAGCCCGUGGUCGAGAAGGCCGAAGAAGUGGCCGAGCCGGUUGCGGAGAAGGUCGAGGAAGUCGUAGAGCCGGUCGCCGAGAAAGUCGAGGAGGUCGUAGAGCCGGCAGCCGAAAAGGUCAAGGAAGCGGCUGAACCCGUGAUCGAGAAGGUCGAGGAAGUUGUGGAGCCCGUUGCCGAGAAAGUCGAGGAAGCGGCGGAGCCCGUGAUCGAGAAGGUCGAGGAAGUCGUAGAGCCGGUUGCCGAGAAAGUCAAGGAAGCCGCUGAACCCGUGAUCGAGAAGGUUGAGGAAGUUGUAGAGCCGGUAGCUGAGAAAGUCGAGGAAGUGGCGGAGCCCGUGAUCGAGAAGGUCAAGGAGGUUGCCGAGCCCGUGAUCGAGAAAGUUGAGGAGGUUGCCGAGCCUGUGGCUGAGAAGGUCGAGCCCAUAGUGGAAGAGGUUAAGGAGACUGUUACCAAUGCUGCGGAUACCGUGGGCGAGAAAGCGGAGCCCUUGGUAGAAAACGCCAAGGAGACCGUUACCGAGGCGGUAGAGCCCGUGGCUGAGAAAGUCGAGCCGGCCGUAGAGGAGGCGAAGGAGACCGUCACCGGGGCGUCAGACAACGUUGGGGACCAGCUUGGGGCGAUCCAGACUGGGGGGAUCGGCGAUGUCGUGGGACCGGUUGCCGAGGCAGUUGAGAACGUGGUUGACAGCGUGAAAGAGGCGGCCGAGCCCGUGGUUGAGAAGGUGGAGGAAGUUAUAGAGAGCGUGAAGGAUGCCGUUGCGCCGGCGGCGGAGGAGACCAAGGAGGCGGCGCCAGCUGUCGAGGCGGCCAAGGAGGACGCGCCCUCGCUGGCGGAGCAGGUGAAGGAGGCGGCGGACGCAGGGGUAGCUGCGGUGACGGGGGUGGUGGACCAGGUGACGUCAGCAACGGAGGAGGCGCCGGCGGCCAAAGAAGAGAAGCCCAAGGAGGCAGGUGGCAUCUCCGCCGUACUGGUGAAGGCCCUGCGCGAGGAGACGGGCUCCGGCAUGAUGGACUGCAAAAAGGCGCUCGCGGAGGCCAACGGCGACAUCGACCAGGCCCGCGACAUCCUGCGCAAGAAGGGGCUCGCCAGCGCCGACAAGAAGUCGGCGCGCGUUGCAGCGGAGGGCGCAAUUGGAAGCUACAUCCACGACUCGCGUAUCGGCGUGCUACUGGAGCUCAACUGCGAGACGGACUUCGUGUCCCGGGGGGACACGUUCAAGGAGCUGCUGGAGGACCUGGCCAUGCAGGUUGCCGCAUGCCCGCAGGUUGAGUUCGUGUCGGUGGACGAGGUCCCUGCUGACGUGGUCGCCAAGGAGCGCGAGAUCGAGGCCGGCAAGGAGGACCUGGCGAGCAAGCCGGAGGCGAUCCGGGAGAAGAUGGUCGACGGCCGCAUCAACAAGCGGCUGGGCGAGCUGGCGCUCCUGGAGCAGCCGUUCAUCAAGGACGACAAGCUCAAGGUCAAGGACCUGAUCAAGGCGACGGUCGCCAAGAUCGGCGAGAACAUCCAGAUCCGGCGCUUUGAGCGCUAUAAUCUGGGCGAGGGGCUGACCAAGAAGACGAGCAACCUGGCCGCGGAGGUCGCGGAGCAGACGCAGAAGAAGGAGGCCGCGCCGGCGCCCGCGCCGGCAGCGGAGGAGAAGAAGGAAGAAGCACCCGCGGAAGCGAAGCCGGCGGUAGCGGUCUCGGCCUCGGCGGUGAAGGAGCUCCGGGCGGAGACCGGCGCGGGCAUGAUGGACUGCAAGAAGGCGCUCGCGGAGUGCGACAACGACGUGGAGAAGGCGCGCGAGCUGCUGCGGAAGAAGGGCCUCGCGAGCGCGGAGAAGAAGAGCAGCCGGCUCGCGGCGGAGGGCGCGAUCGGGAGCUACAUCCACGACGGGCGGAUCGGGGUGCUGGUGGAGGUGAACUGCGAGACGGACUUCGUGGCGCGGGGGGACAAGUUCAAGGAGCUGCUGGAGGACGUCGCGAUGCAGGUGGCCGCGUGCCCACAGGUGACGGUCGUCUCCCCGGACGACGUCCCCGCCGAGAUUGUCGCCAAGGAGCGCGAGAUCGAGUUGGGCAAGGAGGACCUGGCGAGCAAGCCGGAGGCGAUCCGGGAGAAGAUCGUGGACGGCCGGAUGGCCAAGCGCGUGAACGAGCUGGCGCUGCUGGAGCAGCCGUACAUCCGGGACGACAAGCAGAAGCUGCGGGAUGUGAUCCAGGCGGCGGUCGCGACGAUUGGGGAGAACAUCCAAGUGCGGCGGUUCGUGCGAUUCAACCUUGGGGAGGGGAUCGAGAAGAAGUCCGUCGACUUCGCAGCCGAAGUCGCUGCACAAACGGGAAAGGCUUAAGCGAUGACACUGGAACCGUUGUCGAAAUAGGUGGGUUACCGCAGGGUUAGGUAGGUCACUGCAACGGCUGCUGGAGUCGAUGAGAUUCAGGGCUUGAGGCCGCCCGCUUGUCAGGUAUUGCUUGGAUCUGAAAGCCAAACUGGUAACAAGCUCGCAGUAGGCGUGCUUUACAUUUGCUUGGAUCCAAGCGCCAACUCGGAAGGGAGCUACUCAGCAGUUUUGCCUCUGAACAAUUGAGGAUCGUGUUGUCAGAGUAUUCGUGUAGGUCUGAGACAGCCAUAUGUUUGUGUCUUGAGCCAUUACACGGAGUCAGUGAAGUUCAUACCUGUCUUUCUUGCCGUGACGGUUGUCGUGCAAUCGAGAGCCAUCAUAUAUGGAUGUCCUUUGUGACGAUGUACAGUAACAGAAUCGCUUCUGUAUACAAGCGCCUAGAUCUGACUGGAAAUUGGCAUCUUGAAAGGGGG